AUGGCCAAAGCAUCUUUCAAACCACCACUACAACCACCUACCACAUUGUACCAAUCAUCACUAUUUUGCCAAGGCACAAACAUGUAUCCUGCCAUGUAUGUGCCAAGGGACUACAAUACGUCAACCCCGAACUGGACUUGGACCAUUGGCAACUGUGGUCCCCCUUCGACCAUGCAAUCUAAUCUUCUCACAAUUCGAGAAACGAAACAAGGUGAGCCAACUAUCGAAGGUCUCCCGGUCUGCGUUGGUGAGUCGGUACUUAAUUUACCCAGCCCAUCUCCAGCCGCCAGUUUACAAGGCCAGAUAGUCAAGAGGCCGAACAAAGCGGAUAAAUCAGGCGGGAUGGAGAUGUGCUCUUCUGCACCCCUCACAAAUGUCUCAAGUACUCAUGCUAAACAAGAAAGGCGUACGGCUGAGCUUUCUAAGGAUAGCUUGAAGCACCUACAGGAGAAAAAAGACACGCUAGAAUGGAUUAUAUCGACAAGGGAUACAUCUACCGCUCUAUCUCCAUCACUUCCCACUUAUAGUCCCGAGUCUAGUUCCUGCAGUCUUGAGACUAUGCCUCGGCACUUUGUCCCAGGAGAGAACUUAGAAGAAUCAAGAGCUCUAGUAAUGGAGCUCUUCCGAACUCUUUCUCGUCAAGAUUGCGAGUCAAGUUCCGAUGAGCUUUCGUCAGCCGAGGGAAGUCCCGUUCACAGCAGAUAUUCCUCAACACCUCUUACAGAUGGAACUGGGACCUCUCCCAAGAGCGGGACCACUACUAGUAUUUCGAAUAUCGAGAGAAACCCCAAGCGCUCUCUCCCAGGAAGAGAUGGGUCGUUUCAAGAAGGUGAUGGGGAUGAGCCUCCGCGGAAGGAGUCCCGGCAGGACAAGAACCCAUCCAGUUCAGAGGCAAUAGCAUCUCUUCAGGGUCGCCCCCAGAUGCCUUGCCCCGUGCAAGAACCGCAGAAAUGCCAGGGAACGAAUGCCACAAUAUCGCAGCUUCUAAGAUCUCUCGAAGAGAGACACCGUAUCGUCAUAUGUCAAGGUUGCUGCUCAAAGGUUCACGUCCCUGAUGACGGAGGGAAGGCCGACAUUGUACGGAAGCGACAUAAAUCACAACCUUGCGAACUCCGAUGUAUCGGUACCACUUGUUCUGGCACUCCCAGCAAUGGGGCGCCGUAUCACAGCCGAACUGAAAACUGCCCGACAUGGCGAUCGCUCCCCAGCGAAAGCGAGGUGGUCUUUUAUCUGGACUCUCAUCAACCCCGGAGAGAGCCCGCUCGACCCGGACUUCUACAUAGGCCGAGAGGUGCUGAUAUAUGCGAUGCUCUGAUGCGAGAUAUAGAGGAGAGGGACAAGGGGCGUGUGUGUUUAGAAAGCGAGUUAGAGGCUGCACACGAGAGGAAUGUCCAACUGGAAGAGAGACAAAAGAAGAAGCUUGACAGCUUGGAGAAUAUCAUCGAGACCUUGCUUGAGCGUCUCGAAGAGAACAAAGUCAAAGUUCCAAACUCACUCCAAAAACGACUACAUGACGAGUGUCCCGGUGUUUUCUGCGAACCAGUUGCUAAGCUAAUAUCAAAACACUCGCAAGCACCCCCAACACCAUCCUCAACUCUCAAAGAUGGAAAUGCAGACCUGAGGCACCCUCGAUUGAGCCAACCAGUCACUGCAAUAUUUCAGCCUCCUCUGUUCUCAUCUGUCGGGUCUGGAGAUGGGUACUCUCAGCCGUUUGACAUUGAUUUCGGUGGAGAUUCAUUGACGAACUUCAAUUACACAGAUGAAGUCUUUGUCGACUCGAGUGAACAGCUACCAGAUGACGUGGCAUAA